CAAAAGAGCAUGAAGUCAAAGCCGUAAAACUCAAUAAAAAAAAGUGAAUGCUGCUACGUGAUAAAAUGGCGUCAUCUGUGUCUUCAAUCUCCUUCUAAAUGUAGUUUUUUAUCAGUUUUAGUGCUUAGGGGUUUAGUAAAUCAUAUCAAACAUCUUCAAUUAUUAUUAUAAACUCUUUUUAACCUCGAAAAAGGUCACAUUUGCAUAAUAGUGAGAGUGCAAUGUCAGAGGAGAUAGAUCGACAGGGUGAGACGGCGAGUGACAAUGCGGGCGGAGGAAGUUUGAAACCGACGCGCGUGCUAUUGACCUCACAUCAACUUGAUGCCGCCACCGCGGAAUCUCUACACACCGCAUGGAGAAACCAGGACUUGUACAUUGACCACCUCGAAUCAUUGAACAAACAGUUGGAAGGACGGUUGGAAAAGGCGAAAGAGGUAGAAGAUAAGCAUAAACAACAAAAUGCAGAGUCACAACAUAGAGAGCGUGUCCUUGUUAGACGACUUGCCGCUAAGGAGCAAGAGAUACAAGAUUAUGUAGGGCAGAUAACAGAAUUGAAGUCCUCACACGCGAGUCUCAACGGUCGACCGACACUUUUAGAUCCGGCAGUGAACAUUUUAAUAUUAAGGCUUAAGCAAGAAUUGACGUCAACAAAAGCGAGACUGGAAGAGACACAAAACGAGCUUUCGGCAUGGAAGUUCACCCCAGACUCGAAUACAGGAAAAAAGUUGAUGGCAAAGUGUAGACUGCUGCACCAGGAAAACGAAGAUCUGGGGCGGAUGACGUCGAGUGGGCGAAUAGCGAAGCUAGAAGGGGACUUAGCUUUACAAAAGAGUUUUAGCGAAGAGGUUAAGAAAUCGCAAUCAGAACUGGACGAGAUACUGCAGGAGUUGGAUGAGGACGUGGAGGGUAUGCAGAGCACGGUGUUGUUCCUCCAGCAGGAAUUGCGCGCGAGCCAAGCGACGGUUAACGGCAACAGGCCGCCCACGCCCGUCGACAAGCGCGCCUUUUCCGGCAGCGAGUGCAGUGACACCCCGCCCGGCAAACGGCGCCGCGGCUCCGAGAUAUCACUCGACUACAACGAGGAAGAGAACCCCCUCACCAUCACCAACGGCGACUAGCCCAGGACCCCAGUGUUCUCGUACCGAACACGAUUCUUACACAUGAACUAGUGAACUCGUGCGCUCUCGCAACUGUAUUAGCCCGUUGGCCCGUUACGUUCGAUCAAAAUUGAUUUCUCAAUUAUUGUGAGUGAUAUGAUUUGAUUAUUAUACAUUAUCAAAAACGCUGGUUCAGUGUCAGUCAGUCACUCGUUUCGAAAUGUGAAUGUAUGUGCUUAUGUAUUAACACGUAUGAAGUGUAUAUCCCUAAUGGAAUCUAUGUAUAUAUACUUUCGUUAGAAGACAAAGUUUACAAAUGAAUAAUGUGUCAUUUCCAUUGACAAUGAAUUGGUGAUGAUCGUGUCUGACGUGAAAAUGAAAAUGAGACUAAUGAAACAUUUUGGUAAAUGUAUGGUUUGCGUUAAAUGCACAACAGUGGACCAUGUGAUCAGAUUUAAUAGUGAAUCGUUUUUUGACAUUGUUUUUAUAUCUUGAAUAUUAAGACUUGUCUUAAGUCUUAGUGUCUUGACACUCAGUUGACAAUUUUAUAAUUUAUUUAUAAUAAGUGCAUUGAUUGUGAUAUAUAUUAGGAAAUCCAAUUAUAGAGCAAUAACAACUGUGACUUGACUCGUGUUACAAAAUUUCAUGAUUGAUGGCAUUUAUUUACAACAUGCCAGAGUUAAGAAUCAAUGGAAGUCAUGCCCGUAUUACUUAUAGCAAUAAUAUCAAACACCAAGCUUGAUGUCUUUCUGACUGCCACAGAUUUAUGAAAUUUAUGCGAGUUUCUACAUGAAAUGUUUCUAUUUUCAAAUUAAAAUGAAUGUAUAUAGUGCUAUGUUAAUAAACAUUAUAUUACUGGCACAUUUUGUGUAUUAUUUGAAACAGUAUAACCACCUUGUAACUACAAUAGUUUGAUAAAGUCCAUAUAAAUAUAUUGCAAGUUUGAUAGUACCAAUCGCAGCAUACCCAAUGCUAUAAAACAAAGUUCAGUUAAAUUUAUGAUUAAGAAAUGUUUUCUUUGAAUGCUCAUUGGAUUUUAUUUUGUGCAGGUGAGAAUAAGUGUCUUAAAAUUAGUUUAACAUAAUCGAGCCUACAGAUUUCAGACGAUAAAUUCAGUCUUAAGUAAAGUAUCUUUGGAUAAGGUUGUUUUCUCGUCCUAUAUUUAUUGCCUGAGCUCAACUUUACUGCGUAGGUAAUAAGGAUCAUUGCACAUGAAGAGUGAUCAGCUGUUAUUUCAUUAGCUACUUUCUUUAUCAUUCAUUGUAAUAAUAUCUAGUUAAAGUAUGGCCAGCGAGAAGCGAUUCAAAAGUUAAUUCACCCUAUACGAGACUAUGGAAAUGACAUUAGGUCUCAUUCGGUCAUAGGCCGUAUACAGAAAGAAAGCCGAAAGCCGAUCGGCGCUUAUCGGCGCCUAUAGGCGCUGAUCCUUUUUCUAUGGACCGGCGCCGAUAAGCGCCGACUCGCGCUGGUCCGAAUAAUAAAUAAUUUGUAUUUGAAUUAUUUUCCUUAGAUUAAAUCAAUCUAAGUUAUAAUCUUUUUAUAAAUCUAAUAACUUUAUCUUUUAUUAACAAAGCGCUAAAAUUAUUUGUUUCGUACUUAUCGAAUGGUGACAACAAGUCUUUCUUCUGGAAGGAUUGGUUGUUUAUGCCAAUUGCCCCCAUUUUUCAUCAAACAGUUUUUCACUAAAUCCAAAAUGUAAUAAAAUGUUUCUUGAAUCAUUCUUGUAUAUGUAUAAAAUCUUUGUUCAUCAUUUUUUUUUUUUUUACAAAUAAAUUAUGGUAUUCUCCGAAACGUUUCCUUUCUCUAUUUAUAGGAUGUAUAACUGUUUUUCGCAUUUUUAAAUAAACAUUUUCUAACAAAACCAAAUCAUCGUCCGAUGAGUCCGACAUUUUGCUUGAUCUGCUUUAAUCGGCUUCCUUUAUGUAGGAAGGAUCGGCGCCGAUAAGCGCCGAUCGGCUUUAGGCUUUCUUUCUGUAUACGGCCAUACUCAUAUCACGUCAUCGCCGAGACGCAGAGUUAGCCAACCCAUCAUUAGGGCGCCCAUUUGACAAUAAAAAAUAAUGACAUUUUUAUUUCGUUCCGUGUUUUUCAGAUAGUACUAUAGUAGUAAUAACAAAUAUUUUUUGAACUGUUGUGAUUUUCUGUUUUGAUAAUUGAAAUGAUUAUUUUCUACAUUUUAAUUGAAUAAUAUGCCUAUUAAAAUCAUAAAAGUCCUAUAUUAAAUUUCAUAAAUGAAACGUUAUUUCAAAAAAAUUGCCAUCCCCUGCAUUGGUUAAUGACCUAUCAUCGAUUUUGUUAACAUUUUGUAUCGCUUCUCGUUAGCCGUACUUAUAUAAUAUCUUGAUGAUCUCGUAUAUUAUCGUCAUUUUCACUGUUACUGUUAAAUAUUAAUACUGGAAGAUUACUUUUUGGCUGUCGAGUAUAGAUGAUUGUUGGUCAAUAUUUAAUUAUUAUAAGUCCACUUCAUAUACAUAUGGUAUUAAUGCAACUUGAUAGUGCAAUGUGCGCAGUCGCACACUGUAGAUCCGCCGAAUCGGCACCCGAAUCCAGUAUUCUACAAGAGAGCUCAAGUGUGGCGCACCAACUUGAGAAAUGCCGACGACAUAUUGCUCAUCAAACGCCUUAUGGAUAAUGAAGAUGUGUCAAUGUGGAAGCUAACACCAAAACAAGCGGAUUUCUUAGUGAGAUGCGACAUGAAGUUGCACGUGAACCGCCAGUUAAAGGCAAGAGACCUGAACCACACGGUCCUCAUAAUGGAUGUACAACGACGGAUAGACGCGCAAACUGUCGAACCAGGCAAAUGGGACAAAAAUUCUCUAAGACGCGGUAUAGAAAACAUUGUUUUUACUCAUCCUCAUCACAGUCAAUUGUCUGUCUACUGGUAGAGCACAGUAAUUCAAAAUUUAUGGAUAUACAGUGAGGAAGGUCAUCAGUGAAUGACACACUACUUUUAUUGUAGGUUAGAGGUCCCCCUAAACAGCUGGGACCAACUGUUUAACGUUUUUAUUUGGUGACUCGUCCAGCAACUAAAGGUUAGGAGCGUGCGCCGUAUGGAGACAAUGGUUUUAGGGGGCGCCACUCACCAUCAUUUCACUUUGAUCGCACGCUUACUAGAGGGCGCUAGGGCGCGCACUGGGAAAAAAUAAGGAUGAUAACGGGGUAAAGUAAACGAAAUUCUAUUAAAUCCGUCAGUUAAUCAUCAUUACAAAGAUAAAGCGCGGCAAUGUUUGGGAGCUCGUGACGUCACUUCUAAGUAAAAAUUACACGAAGACGAUUUUAUGCGACAUUUCAAAUCAAUAUAUCUCUGUAAUUGUAUGUCUUGAUUAUGUAAAAACAUACGUGUCCAAUACUUUUUGAUAAACUAAGAAAAAAGUAAGUCAUGCCUAUUGUACAUGGCGCUUUAAGAUCUACAGACGCCUUUGACAGUCUUCGUAAAUUACUUUACUAGGUACCUACUGGUGUAGAUUCUGGCAGGAUUCUCUAAACUUAAAACUAAAGGAGAUUGCUCAAAUUGGCCCAAAUGCAUAAAAAAUAUUGACAUAUAC